CUCUCUUUCUCUGAGCGCGUUUAUCAACACAUCAUGGUGCUCAGCACACGAGAGCCCACUGAAACUAAUGACAUCCUGCAGAAAAUCAUUCAGAAAUGUGCAAACAGACACUUCAGUCUUCAGACGAGCAGCUCUCCUCAUGAUCUUCUGCAGACACUUGAGGACAUUGUGAAGAUGAAUGAUGGACGACACCUGAGUUGUGCUGAAGUUCCAGAGUGUAAAAAGCUAAAUCUGGUUGUGUGCGGGAGCGACGAGACAUUAAAAUCCUCCAUAUCAGAGCCGAUCCUGCAGCAGACAGACAGAAGAUCAGAUCGUCAGAUCAGUCUGGUGGAGCUUCCAGCUCUGAUUCGUCUCUCAGAGGAGGAAGUGAUGCGUCAGACUCACCGCUGUGUGUCUCUCUGUCGUCCUGGAGUUCAUGUUUUCAUCAUCAUCAUUCCUGAUGCUCCUCUUAAUAAUGAAAACAAAGCAGAAAUGGAGAAGAUCCAGAGGAUAUUCAGCUCAAGAAUCAACAAACACAUCAUGAUCCUCAUAAAGCAGAAUUCAGAGCAUCAGACAGCAGAACUAAAUGAAGAAACACAAUCUGUCAUUCAGAGUUUUGGAGGACGACAUCAGUUCAUUGGUCCCAAAACACAAGUGUCUGUGUUGAUGGAGAAGAUCGAGCAGAUGCUGGAAGAAAACAGACGAGAGUUUUUCUCCAUAGAGACAUUGAUGGAGGCACAGAUGGAAAAACUGCUGAAAUUUGAAGAGAUGAAGAAGAAAAUUCAAUCACUAGAGACACAUUUACUGUUACGAGAUUGGUCGGUGGCGUUGGACCUGAAGGACGCGUACUGUCAUGCCUUGUUCCCUCCAAGACUCUGUCUUCAAGGGCGGGCUCAUCAGUACAAGGUUCCCCCUGCAGCCUAUCCCUAUCGUCCUGCACCUUUACGGAGGUCAAGGGGGCUCACCUUCGCCCCGAGUAGGGUAUACGGCCUGACCAGGGACUCCCUCGGUUCAGGUCCGUUAAUACUCAGCGGACCGUACGGCUUACUCCCCAACGCCCCCCCGGUGGUGCUCACCCCUGUUAAGAGCGGGAAACCUUCAAGCCCUCUCCAUCAACGUUCGUGCCUGGAAUUCGGGCCGGUGAACUCUCACGUUGUCCUGGGAACCCGGCCUGGAUACAUGCCCAUGGUAACCACCACUCCCUCUGAGCAGGUGGUAACCCUGCAAGCUAUUCCUCUCCAGGAAAAUGACCCCAACCUGACCUAUAUUAUGCCCAGUCCGUGUCCCUGCGCAUCUACAUGGAACAAACUCAGCCCUUGA